GAAAUGGCAAAGGAUAAAAUACUUUCUGCUAAACUUAAGUAAUAGGAAUUUAAAACCAAAUCGACUCAAUUGAAGACUUAAAAAAUAGCUUAAUUGCUUGAGCCAUAGUUUUAGUAGAGUGUGGAAAUAGAUGAUGAGAGACCAUUAUUAAAAAUUUCUAAUUUCAAGGAGUAUUUACCAGAAGAGAAUGUGCAAAAUGUAGAACUUAUAUUCAUUAAACAAGAUUAUCAAUUUAAAAUUAAAACAAGGGCCUUAUAAACUCUCAGUGACACCCUAAACAACUUAUUUGGCAGGAGAAUCUGGUCACAUAGCUGCUUUUAAUUGGAGACACAAAUAAUUGGAAUGUGAAUUCGAUGUUAAAGAGAAAUGCUAUGAUAUUAUUUCCAUAGCCCAAAGAAAUUUUGCAGUAGCUCAAAAAAGUAGCAUCUACAUUUACGAUCCCAAAGGAGUUGAAGUUCAUAAAAUUCGUGAAUGCAAAUAAGCAACCAAAUUAGAAUAUUUGCCCUAUCACUUUUUAUUGGCUGCUCUCAAUUAGAAUGGUUAAUUGACCUAUUAGGAUAUAACAUAAGGGAAAAUAAUAUCAAGUAACAUAUUGUAUGAUUAUAGCAUAUAGAACCACCCCAUCAUCUUUAUGUUUAAAAUAAAACAAUAACAAUGCAAUAUUAGGAAUCGGAGAUCAAAUGGGAGUUGUAAGGAUGUAUGCUCCUAAUACUGGAACUUCACUUACAUCCAUGUUGUGUCAUAAAGGAGGAGUGAUGUCUAUGACUUUCUCACGAGAUGGCAAUCACUUAAUUACAACUGGAUCAGAAGGAACAAUUAAGGUCUGGGAUCUUAGAACUUAAAAAUUGUAGUCUCAAGUUGCUGUCAAUGCUACUAAUUUGGCAUUAAGUGAUAAAGGAAUUUUAGCUGCAGGGCGAGGAACAGAUGUUGUUAUGUGGAAAAACUGUUUGAUCGGAGACUUAAAAACACCUUAUUUGAGAUAUAAAGCAUCUUCAAUGAUUUGUGAUAUUGACUUCAUCAAACAUGAAGAUUAUUUGGCAAUGAGCACUUUUGAUAGUUAUGAGCAAACAGUAGUACCUGAAAGUGGAGAACCAUUUUUUGAUACUUAUGAGCAACCAGAAUUGCAAAACAAAAAAUAAAGGUUAGAGACUAAUGUUAGAUAAUUGGUUGAGAAAGUAAACAAAUAAAUCAAUCAAUUUUAUAGUUACCUCCAGAGUCGAUAUCGCUUUAAUCCCAUAGGAUUGGAACCAUAGAUAGAACUUCAAAGAUGAUAAUCGAAAAAGAGUAAAAAAGACAAAUAGAGGAAUAGGCAUCCAAGAAAAUCAAGAAACAAAAGAAAAAAAUGAGAGGAAGGUAUAAAAUUAAUAUGAACGUUUUAGAAAUAAAAUUGGAAAGAGAGAGAAACUCAAGGAAUUAGAGAGAGAUCAGAAAUAAUAGGUUAAAUGGUAAGAAAUGUUGUCGGAUGCUUUAAGAGUUAAGAGAGCGGAGAAGGAAAAGAAAAAGUUCGAAACUAAGUUGUUGGACAGAUUAGAAUAGAUGUCUAGCAAAGAAUUUAUUAGAGUAGUUUCAUGA